CAUGCCUCUGGCCUCGGCCCUCCUGCUGCUGUUGGGCCUGAGCGCCCACGGAGGCUGGGGCUGCCUGCAGUGUGACCGCUCAGUGCAGGAGGCCCUGAGACAGCUGCACUCCGCCCUCAUCCCCAAACGCUUCCAUUUCCAGCAGCUGCUGGAGCGUGCCCAGGCCGUGCUCCUGGGCAUGGAGGGGCCUUUCUUCCGAGACUACGCUCUGAACGCGUUUGUGGGGAAAGUGGGGAUAGAUCACCUGGAUCAUGUGACGGCCUUUAUCAAGAACCAGACAAGCCACUUAAUGGUUAAUUCUCUAAGAGAUGGGCCUCUGCUGGAGGAGCUGGUGGCUCUCAGGGAGAGAGUGAUCAAGGAACUCAAGAAAGGUUUAAAAUCGUAUGAACAGAAAGCCUGCCAUCGCAAAAUUUGCCGCUUGCUAAGAGAAGAAGUCUUAGACUGUUUACAUUGCCAGAAGAUCAGUCCCAGGUGCAUUAAAAAAAAGUACUGUUUUGUUGACGCGCAGCCCCGCGUGGCUCUGCAGUACCAGAAGGAGGAGGAGAGCCUGAAGGAUAGAGGUGCCAUCAUUUCCAUUUUUCUCGCUCUUCUUGCCUUCGGGGUCAUCGUGGCUGCCUGCGAAGUCGCGUUUAAAGAACCCGGGUUUGAUAGUACCGAUACAACUACCGCGCAGGCGCAUUCCGCGGCCCGCCAGAGGGAGGGAAGGCCUGGCCACCCUCCGCAACCCGCGGGGCGCUCAGAACUGACCCCCUCUGUGCUCCAGUCUCCUCCUCCAGCUCUGCAGACUCAGGCCUGGUCUUUUCUCCUGGAGACACAUGCCCAGGACGCUGCAAGGGACAGGACCCUGAUGGCUGAGGACCAGGAAUCAUUGACCUUCAAGGAUGUGGCUGUGGACUUCACCCUGGAGGAGUGGGGCCAGCUGGGGCCUGGCCAGAGGGAGCUGUACCGGGAUGUGAUGCUGGAGAACUACCGGAACCUUCUUUCCCUGGGGGCCAGGCCUCCUGGGUCCAAACCUGACGUGAUAUCCCGUCUGGAGCGAGGGGAGGAGCCCAGAAUGGAGAAGAGGGAAGCCGAGCUAGCUGCCUGUCCAGCCUUGGAUACCAGCUCUGCAACACCUCAGGAGACACUUCUGAGAGAGAGCGUUUCUGAAGAGGCUACUUCCCCUGUGGGAAAGAAGGAGGGGGUUUUAAGGGUAGUGCUUGGAGAUGCCAGGCUGGGAGGAUCCUGGGCCUGGAGCUGUCAGUUGGAGGACCAGGGAAAGCAAGAGAGGCGUUUGAGGUGUUUGUUUGCUCCUCGCAAGGAAACCAUCUGUGGGGAGAGAGACAUGGGGUGUCUCGAGCUGGGGCAGAGCUUCAGACAGACCUCAGCCUUCAUCAAGAAGCAAAGAGGGCUGGUGGGAGAGAGAACUCGGAAGAGGAAUGGACCAAGAAAGAUCCUGAAAUGCCAAAGGACCUUCAUAGAAAAGAAGCCAUUUAACUGCGUAGAAUGUGGGAAAACCUUCAUUUAUCAUUCAGACUAUAUUCUGCACCAGAGGAUUCACACAGGAGAGAAACCCUACAAGUGCAAUGAUUGCGGGAAGGCAUUCAGCAACAGCUCAUAUUUCAUUCAGCACCACAUCAUACACACGGGAGAGAAGCCCUACAUGUGCGGUGAGUGCGGCAAGACCUUCACUCAGAGCUCAUCGCUUACUGAGCAUCAGAGGAUCCACACUGGAGAGAAGCCAUACAAAUGCAAGGAAUGUGGGAAGGCUUUCACCCAGAGCUCCUCCCUCAUUAAACACCAGCGGUGCCAUACUGGGGAAAAACCCUAUAAAUGCGACCAGUGCGGGAAGUUCUACUCACAGGUGUCCCACCUCACCCGCCACCAGAAAAUCCACACAGGAGAGAAGCCCUACAAAUGUGCUGAGUGUGGCAAAGCCUUCUGUCACACUUCCUCCUUGACUCAGCACCAGACCAUCCACACCGGAGAGAAACCCUACAAAUGUAACGAGUGUGGGAAAACCUUCAGCCACAGCUCAUCCCUCUCCCAGCACCAGCGAGUUCACACGGGAGAGAAACCCUAUGAGUGCUCCGAGUGUGGCAAGGCCUUCAGCCACAGUUCAUCCCUGACUCAGCAUCAGAGAAUUCACACUGGUGAGAAACCCUAUGAGUGUAACGAGUGUGGGAAGGCUUAUACACAGAUUUCCCACCUCAUGAGGCACCAGAGUGUUCACAUGGGAGAAAAACCCUAUAUAUGUAAUGAAUGUGGAAAGGCUUUCAGUCACACCUCGUCCUUCACACAACACCAGACAAUUCACACUGGUGAGAAGCCCUACAAAUGUAACGAAUGUGGAAAAACCUUCAGCCAGAACUCUUCGCUCAUCCGCCACCAGAGGAUUCACACUGGGGAGAAGCCUUAUGAGUGUAAAGUUUGCGGGAAGUCCUAUACCCAGAUUUCCCACCUCAUCCAACACCAGAGGAUUCACACUGGAGAGAAGCCUUAUGAGUGCAGCGACUGUGGGAAAGCCUUCAGCCGGAGCACCCACCUUAUCGAGCAUCAGAAAAUCCACACAGGCGAGAAACCCUACAAGUGCAGAGAAUGUGGGAAAACAUUCAGUCACAACUCCUCCCUCACCCAACAUCAGAGAAUUCACACUGGCGAGAAACCUUAUGCCUGUAAGGAAUGCGGGAAAGCCUUCAACCAGAGCAUCCACCUUAUUCAGCAUCAAAGGACCCAUACCGGAGAGAAGCCCUAUAAAUGUAACAACUGUGGAAAAACCUACACCCAGAUUUCACACCUUAUUCAACACCAGAAGGUUCACGUGGGUGGAAAACGCUAUGUGUGUAAGGAAUGUGGGGAGGAUUUCAGCUGGAGUUCACACCUGACUGAACACCGGAGGCUUCACACUAUGCACAGCACCUACGUCUGCAACGAUUUUGAGAAAGCCUUUGCAUGGAGCACACAGCUUGCUGAUAUUCCGAGAACUCUCGCUGACCAGAAAGCCUAAGAAAUUAGCAGGUGGGCGAUUCUGAUGCUGGGUUCAGUGCAGCCUUCAUCAGCACCAGUAACUUCCUCCCAGAGAGGAAACCUAACACGGUAUACUGUGAGAGAGAGUUGCUUCUCUGUUUCCUACAAGGAGCUGGUGCCAUUGAUCACCUGCUGGGACACCUUCUGAUCAUUUUAGGAGCUCCCUCCUAAAAUCUCAGCUUCCCCCCUAUUUUUCAGUCUUAUGGCGUCCCCAGAGGGUGGUGUAAAUGGAACGAGACAUCAUCUGACAUCUUUAACAAGGUCUCUGUGAACUUUUUUUUUUUUAAGAAUUUAUUUAUUUGUUUGACAGAGAGCAAUCACAAGUAGGCAGAGAAGC